AUGAGUGUACAAAUAUUUGGAGAUCAAGUUACUGAAGAAAGAGCUGAAAACGCCCGUUUAUCGGCGUUUGUCGGCGCCAUUGCCGUGGGUGAUUUGGUGAAAAGCACGUUAGGUCCAAAAGGGAUGGACAAGUUGUUACAGAGUGCGUCCAGUAACACCUGCAUGGUAACAAACGAUGGUGCCACAAUUCUAAAGUCAAUUCCGCUGGACAAUCCUGCCGCCAAAGUGUUGGUGAACAUUAGUAAGGUGCAAGAUGAUGAAGUUGGGGACGGUACCACUAGUGUCACUGUUUUGAGCGCAGAAUUGCUUAGAGAGGCAGAGAAAUUGAUUGAUCAAUCUAAGAUCCACCCUCAGACUAUCAUUGAAGGUUACCGACUAGCUUCUGCGGCUGCGUUAGAUGCGUUGACGAAAGCGGCAGUUGACAACUCUCAUGAUAAAACCUUGUUCCGUGAGGAUUUGAUCCACAUUGCCAAGACUACCUUGUCUUCCAAGAUUCUGUCUCAGGAUAAGGAACACUUUGCUGAAUUAGCCACUAAUGCUAUUUUGAGGUUGAAAGGGUCUACAAACCUGGAACACAUCCAGAUCAUCAAGAUUCUUGGUGGGAAAUUAUCGGACUCGUUCCUUGACGAAGGAUUUAUUCUUGCUAAGAAGUUCGGUAACAACCAACCGAAGAGAAUUGAAAACGCAAAAAUUUUAAUCGCUAAUACUACCUUGGAUACAGACAAAGUCAAAAUAUUCGGCACCAAAUUCAAAGUUGAUUCUACUGCCAAAUUGGCCCAACUAGAGAAAGCAGAACGUGAAAAGAUGAAGAACAAAAUUGCCAAGAUUUCAAAGUUCGGAAUCAACACCUUCAUCAAUAGACAACUAAUUUACGACUACCCAGAGCAACUGUUUACAGAUUUGGGCAUAAACUCGAUUGAACAUGCUGAUUUCGAAGGUGUAGAAAGACUAGCCCUAGUUACAGGAGGUGAAGUUGUGUCCACAUUCGACGAACCAGGCAAGUGCAAACUGGGUGAGUGUGACGUGAUCGAGGAAAUUCUGCUUGGUGAACAGCCAUUUCUAAAAUUUAGCGGUUGCAAAGCCGGUGAAGCUUGCACAAUCGUCCUGAGAGGUGCUACCGACCAAACACUUGACGAAGCUGAGAGAUCCCUGCAUGACGCAUUGUCCGUGCUGUCGCAAACAACAAAGGAAACAAGAACAGUCCUUGGCGGUGGUUGCGCAGAGAUGAUCAUGUCGAAGGCCGUAGACACCGAAGCCCAAAACAUUGACGGGAAGAAGUCCCUUGCAGUCGAAGCAUUUGCCCGCGCCCUAAGACAACUGCCAACUAUCUUGGCUGACAAUGCCGGUUUUGACAGCAGCGAGCUCGUAUCUAAACUGAGAUCUUCUAUAUACAAUGGUAUCUCCACAUCAGGCCUGGACCUCAAUAAUGGGACCAUUGCCGACAUGAGACAACUCGGUAUCGUCGAAAGUUAUAAGCUGAAACGAGCAGUGGUCAGCUCCGCAUCUGAAGCUGCUGAAGUUCUACUAAGAGUGGAUAAUAUCAUCCGUGCCAAGCCAAGAACCGCCAAUAGACAACAUAUGUAA